UCAAGCUGCUUGUGUACUCUUCAACGACUGUAACUGACAAGUUUGAAAAGAAAACAGUUCACAUAUCAGCACAUCAACGUAAAGCAUUCCAAAAUGUCUAGGCAUGGCUAUUCUGGCUCCAACUAUGACAGAUACGUGGAAAGAACAGAGACAUCCACUCUCCACAAGAUGAAGGAGACAUUCUGGACGACAAAACAGGUUGUCAUACAAAAGCUUGGUAAAAAGGAGGAUGAACAUGUAGUUGCAUCAGAUUCGCAGCUUGAUUCUAAACUUGAAGUGUUUAGGGCAAUUCAGAAAUCAUCGAUGGAACUUCUACGUGUGAUAGAGAAGUACCAGGACCGUCUUUGUGCUCUGUCACAAGACGAGAAUGGAAUGGGAAGAUUCUUGAAGUCCCAGAGUAACAUUGAUAAAACAAGAGCUGGUAAAAUGAUGGCUGCAGUGGGAAAAUCUCAGAGCUUUGCUGCUCAACAAAGGCUAUCGUUGCGUGUUCCACUAGUUCGUCUUUAUCAGGAAGUUGAAACGUUUCGUUACCGCGCCAUCUCUGAUACGUUGAUGACAAUAAACAGAAUGGAGGGUGCGCGUACAGAAUAUAGGGGAGCCCUUUUAUGGAUGAAAGCAGUCUCGGAGGAACUAGAUCCAGAUACUUUUAAACAAUUGGAAAAAUUUAGGAAGGUACAGGGACAGGUGAGAAAGACGAAGGCAAGAUUUGACAAACUGAAGUUAGAUGUGAUGCAGAAGGUGGAUCUAUUAGCGGCCAGUCGCUGUAACAUGUUCUCUCAUGUCCUAGCUAACUAUCAGUCCACACUACUUCAUUUCUGGGAGAAAACUUCCCGCACCCUUUCUGCCGUCGCUGAGAGCUUCAAAGGCUAUCAACACUACGAGUUCAGUGUCAUCAAAGAAUUAGCUGAGCCAAGUAAGCAAUUGGAGAAUUCCUCACGCCUAGAACCUGCAGAGCGUGACACAGAUGAGGAGUUUGACCCCACAGCUGCAUUAGAGCAAGACAAUGAAGAUGAGUCAGCAGACCAUAGUCCUGUGCUUCAACCAUCCUGUUUGACCGAUGAUACUGGGCAGAAUUGUCCUGAUCAGGACCAUGAUGAUAAAGGCAUUCAAGCCAACCCUGCUCAGGAAAUAUCCAAAAUACCCACCCCAAAUCAUCAUACAUCUAACCAUGAGAUUCUGGAUCCUGUUUCACAGGACGAUCUUAUAGAUUUACAAGUCGACUCUGAUAGUGACAGGUUGCUAUCCCUGGAGGAUGAGAGUGCAGGAGAGGAUGAAAAACGGCAAAGGGGAAGUCUUCAGAACCUGUACGAAGGGGAGUCGGAUAAUACAGAAGAAAAACGACUAGAAGGAAAGACCGACACACAAGAUGAUGGUCAGUCUUUCAUGGAGUUUGGGGACUUUGUAGAUGAUUCUCAAGAAGACUUUGAUUUUAGUGGAAAAAUUUUAUCAUUACAACGGAAUCAUCCUAUGUCAAAACUGGAUAAAAGUAAACAGGACCUGCUUUGCGAUGAUAUUGAACAGGAUGAGGCGGAGAAGGAUGAUAUGACGAUUCUCAAUGAGAUUUUAAAUGCCCCAUCAACAGGAGGGGAUGACUUCACGCGGGAAUGGCAGGCAGUAUUUGGAAACGUGCCACUCUCAUCAGGAACAACUUACACACCUGUGGAAAGUGACCAACCAGCUCAGCCCGCCGAGUUCAUGCCAUCAAAUCUGCUUGACCUCAGCAAGCACAUAACCAAUCAGUCUAGUGCCCCAACUCACACAGCAACACAAAGCUCCAAACAAAACAAUGCUUCCGGACAGGAACCACAGCAAUCAAAACCUAAAGGAGCUAGUAAAAAGGGCGAGAAAAAGGACAUGUCAGCAUGGUUCAACUUAUUUGCAGACCUUGAUCCUCUUUCCAAUCCAGAUGCCAUCGGGAGAUCAGCAGACGACAUGACAGAUGCCCAGAUGUAGAAGUGUACAGAUUCUUUCUUUUGUAGUAUUAGAAUGAUCCAAUCUUGCAAUAUGUCAAUCAUUUCAUACAAUCUACAAUGACCACAAGGAAUUCAUACAAUCUACAAUGACUACAAGGAAUUCAUACAAUCUACAGUGACUACAAGGAAUUAAUUUCCAGAUACAGAGAUUUAUAGUUGUCUAGUAAAUGAAUGUGUACUGCAGAAUUUAGAGAUGCUA